AUGGUCCGACGCAAGAACAAAGCCAAGGGGAACGAGAACAAGGACACCGAUGAGGAUGACGAUGACGAUCGUGUGGGUGGUCACGACACAGGUGGAACUGGUUCAAUUGCUAUGGAUCGAGGCACGCUAAAGCUAACAAAGAUAUGUGUGCAUUGUCGGCGACCCUUCUCAUGGCGGAAAAAGUGGGAACGAUGCUGGGACGAAGUCUUGACGUGCAGCAACGCUUGUAAGCGCGAGCGCAAGCAGCAGCAGCAGCAGCAGAGUCGCGGUGGUAACACUUUUGGCGUCGUUGCUGAUGCUUCAGCACCGCAGGAGAAGGAGGAAAACGGCGACAUACCUGUAGAUUGCGCUGUGGAAGCUGAGGGUAAUGUGUCAGGAUCAUGUGAGAAGCAAGCUCCGGCUACGGAAGCGCCUGAAGAAUCAUCUGAGGCACCACGGGAUCUGUCGGUCCCUGCCAAACUUCCCGACCACGAGCAGGCAGUACAGACCCAAAGUGGUCCCAAACAUGCUACAGUUCCCGCAUCAACGAAGCACUCAGCGGUUUCUACACGAGCGAAGGAAUGUGCAGUGUGCGGCGAAGCAGUGUUGUUAGCCUACCGCUGUCGAUGGGACAAGUCAAAAAUCUGGCGUUUCGUGUGUCGACCAUGCUGGCCAAACAUCAGCAACGUGGAGUACCUCGAGUCGAUGGCUGCGGAGCGACGGCGAAAAAAGAAUGCUGCAGAAACAGGAGCUCAUCAUGAAACUAAGAGCUCUGCCGGACCUGCAGGAGAAGAACUGCCUCGAGCUGAAACAACGCCUUUCACUCCGCCACCCCGAAAUAAAAAGCGUGGAAAGAAUGCAGAUUCUUCUCAACAUGAUGAUGGAAGUAGCGGACUUGCAGCGCUUGUACAAACGCUGAGAAAUGAGGGUGGUGGAUCCAGUGGGGGCCUUGGAAAUCCGUACUACGUCUACGGUGGGACCUGGAAAGCAACAAUAGGGCUGACAAAGGCUGAACUUGCGGAUCUAGCGAAGCAGCGAGUGCCGGCUUACGAGAAUUCAGUCGGCCGUCCAUAAAACACGAACAUCCACCAAUAUGGCAUAAUUAAUGAUGACAUGUUGAACAUAUGCUGUUCGUUGUACAGUUCUGGCUUAUGAUUCAGCAUCAGCUGCUAGUGUGCAGAAAACGAUGCGCUUUUCUUGCGAAAGUGACAAGGCCAUCAUAGAGUUAGAGCAGCUGCUAUGAAAAGUGAACUUAGUUGGAGCUUGCAGACAUAUUUUGCUCGUAGAAAAACACGCUGACGCAGACGGAAGAUGUAUUUUUACGUCCCUAACACUGAUUUAUUACUUCCAACUACACUGACACUUACACAGGAAUCGAAUCAAUUCUUAUUCACUGCUGUUUCAUGUGCCUCUGACGUUCGUGUAAAUAUGCAACGUUCGCGGUC